AUGGCAGACAACUUCGAGGACGUCCCAGACUCAACAGAUUGGCUCUCUACACCCCUCCCCGCUCUUUCAGCAGUCGAAGCCUCCUUACGAUGCCAGGUCUGCAAGGACUUCUUCAAGACACCAAUGGUCACAUCAUGCUGCCAUACCUUUUGCUCCCUCUGCAUCCGUCGCGCCUUGUCCAACGAUGGCAAGUGCCCUCUCUGUCGGGCUUCGGACCAAGAGUUGAAGCUGAGGAGUAAUUGGUCUCUCGAGGAGGUUGUCGACUCGUUUGUCAAGGCCAGGAAGGAUACGCUACACUUUGCUAGGACGGCGGGCCAGAACGACCAGCGAGAACCCAGCGGCAGUGUGGCCAAGAGGAGGAUGGCUGAGGAAAGCGGCGACCAGCAGCCAGAGACCAAGCGCCUUAGGAGUUCGGCGAGGCUCAGCAGGACUAGAUCUGGACAGCCAGCCGCCGCGCCCGUACAUGAGGUUGAUGAGGUUGACGAGAUGGAGGAAGUACAGGAGGACAACGAGUCAGAGGACGCAGAUUUCGCUCCCGAGGAUGGUCUGGUCCCAUGCCCCAUAUGUAGCACCCGCAUGAAGGAAGCCCAAGUCUUCCGCCACCUCGACACCUGCGACGGCUCAAAACCACCCCCACGACAACAUACAGCCCAAGCCCGCACAAGCGCAAGCCGUACCCCGACACCAAACACACCCGCCCGCGGCGCCGGCCCCAGCAGAUCGCAUCCGGCCCCCGAACGCCUCCCCGCCCUCGCCUACUCCAUGCUCAAAGACGUCGCCCUGCGCAAAAAGAUGUCGGAUCUCGGCCUCUCCGUCACAGGCGGGCGCGUCCAACUAGAAAAGAGACAUAAAGAAUGGGUGACGCUGUGGAACGCAAACUGCGACUCGGCGCGACCGAAGCGGAGGACGGAGCUGCUGCAUGACCUCGACGUGUGGGAGCGCACGCAGGGUUCCAAGGCAGCCAUGUUCGUGAAGCCGGGCGUCGCGGUCAAGGACAAAGAAUUUGACGGCGUGGCCUGGGCGGCAAAGCAUGACACUUCGUUCAAGGAUCUAAUCGCAAAUGCGCGCAAGUCCAGAGCGCAGGCCAAGCCGAAGAGCGAGGAAGAAGAGGAAAAGGAGACAGCUACUCCAAAGUCAGAAGAUGGCGGAGCUGCCUCAGCAGAGACUGGUGCUCCCAAGCUGGAUUCAGAGAGGAGUGACGCGGCGGUGAUUGAUCUGACAGAGCAACCGAGAGAUACCUCCAGAGAAGGCGGCGUAGACGAAGCUCCCCCGGGAUCCAUGAUGCAGGUCGACAAUCCGGCACUCAAACCGCAGGUCCCAGCAUCGACGUAUUACCUACAGGACGGCUUUUCAGAGCCUCAGAUACCCAGCGGUCAGGAGGCGCGGUGA